AUUCUUUAAUUUUACAAUUCACAUCAUUUAAAGACCAGUACACGCAGGCACGAUGCCUCUGACUGGGGGCAUCUAUGGCGCACCCAGGACAAUCCUCAUUUUGUUUCUCUCUCAGUCAGUGCUUGAUGAUUCCGUGCACAGCCGCUCGCACAAGUGCUCGCAUCCAGGUUUUACGGUUAAGAACUCGCUCCGGCUUAAUACUGCAUUUCUCCCUCAACUUUAGAUAGUACAGGCCUACAGAAUAAGCGUCCCCUGCUGUUUCGGCAUUCUGUGGAGCAUCUGGUUUUGUGUCGGGGCAAAAACAGAUUGGGCCCAAACCGCUCGGUCCUUCGGAGCUGUCGGUGUCCAAAACCUCCAAGUCCUCUGAAGAACCAUCGCUCAGCUGCUGAAAAAUUGACAUUUUACCUGCUGCGUUGGGUCACGGAGAGUAAAGCACCUGUGGAGGCUGAUUCCAAUGGCAGCAUGGUGCUGCUCAAAAAGGAGAAGCCGGAAAUGGAGCCAAGAGGCCAGUGGAGUAAUAAAAUGGAGUUUAUGCUCUCCAUGGCUGGGGAGAUCAUCGGCCUGGGCAAUGUCUGGAGAUUCCCUUAUCUCUGUUACAAAAAUGGAGGUGGUGCCUUCUUUAUCCCCUACCUCAUCUUCCUCUUCACCUGUGGGAUCCCAGUGUUCUUCCUGGAGACAGCUCUAGGACAGUACACCAGCCAGGGAGGGGUCACCGCCUGGCGGAAGAUCUGCCCUCUCUUUGAAGGAAUUGGAUACGCCUCACAAGUCAUCGAAUCCUAUCUGAAUAUCUACUACAUCGUCAUCCUGUCCUGGGCUAUCUUCUACCUGUUCAGCUCCUUUACUGCUGUGCUUCCCUGGGCCACCUGUAAUAAUCCUUGGAACUCAGAUCGCUGCGUGGACUUUCUGAAUCACUCUAACAUGGAGAACUGGACAGCGCCUGCUAAUGCCACCUCCCCCGUUACUGAGUUCUGGGAGAAGCGAGUCCUGGGACUCUCAGAUGGUAUUCACAAUCUGGGCACUGUGCGCUGGGAGCUGGCUCUCUGCCUCCUGUUCGCGUGGGUCAUCUGCUACUUCUGCAUCUGGAAAGGAGUCAAGUCCACAGGCAAAGUUGUUUACUUCACUGCCACAUUUCCCUACUUGAUGCUUUUUGUCUUGCUGAUUCGAGGGGUCACCCUGCCUGGUGCUGCUGAGGGGAUCACGUUCUACCUGAAGCCUGACAUUUCCAGGCUUGCAGACCCACAGGUGUGGAUGGAUGCAGGCACUCAGAUCUUCUUCUCUUAUGCUAUCUGCCAGGGAUGCCUGACAGCUUUGGGCAGCUACAACAAGUACAAUAACAACUGUUACAGGGACUGCUUCAUGCUGUGUUUCCUGAAUAGUGCCACCAGCUUUGUGGCCGGCUUUGCUAUCUUCUCUGUGCUGGGCUUCAUGGCACAAGAACAGGGCGUGCUCAUUUCAGAAGUGGCUGAGUCAGGUCCGGGCCUAGCAUUCAUUGCGUAUCCAAAGGCUGUAACGAUGAUGCCUGUGUCUCAGCUCUGGUCCUGCCUAUUCUUCCUUAUGCUGAUCUUCCUGGGACUGGACAGCCAGUUCGUCUGUGUUGAGAGCCUGGUGACGGCCAUUGUUGACAUGUACCCAAAAGUUCUCCAGAGGAAAGGGCACCGGGAGCUGCUGAUCCUGGCCAUUGCAGUCAUAUGCUACCUGCUUGGGCUGAUGCUAGUCACUGAGGGUGGAAUGUACGUCUUCCAGCUGUUUGAUUAUUAUGCUGCCAGUGGUACGUGCCUACUGUUCCUGGCCAUCUUUGAAGUCAUCUGUGUUGGCUGGGUGUAUGGUGCAGACCGUUUCUAUGACAACAUCGAGGACAUGAUUGGUUAUCGGCCAUGGCCACUGGUUAAGAUGUGCUGGCAGGUUGUCACCCCUGGUGUUUGCCUGGCGACCUUCCUAUUUUCACUGAUCAAGUACACCCCCCUCAAAUACAACAACUGGUACGUGUACCCUCCGUGGGGCUACGCUCUGGGCUGGUUGAUGGCUCUCUCUUCCAUGAUCUGCAUUCCACUCUACAUCAUUUUCAUCUUGCUGAAAACCAGGGGAUCACUAAAGAAGAGGCUAAAGCAACUCACUUCCCCAGCGGAGGACUUGCCUCAGCCAAAGAAGCACCGGGCUAGCGUGUCUGAACCAUUGGAGAGCCCCAAAGCAGAAUACAGGAUCUCAUCCCCAUCAACCAAGGAAGUGCUCAUAAUCACAGAGAAGGAAACCCACUUGUAAAGCAUGUGGGAAAGGAUUUCGCCUUUGCAUUCUAGAGUGAUUCCCCCUCUCAUUGCUGAGGUGGCUUCUCUUCACACCUGGGACAAUGCACUCUUCAUUUCUGCCCUGCUCACCUGAGGCAGAGCCAUCCUAGUCAGUGACUCUGGGACAUCCUUCUCCCUCCCCAAGUUUAUCAGGUAGUUAACUAUACAGACUUGGGAUGGCAGUUCUUUUGACACCGCUGGGACAGCUCUCUCCUUCUGCACCUGGGAAAGAGCAGUGUGACUUCACCAGAGGCAUUUAGAGCCCUGACACUGACAAAAGGAACAGUAGAUAUAAAAUAAUGGGGAAAGGAAAUUGCAAAGAGUAGAGAGGUUCAGAAGUAAAGUCAGGAAGGCAAAGACACAAAAUGAGGGGGUGUGAGCAAAAGGAAUAAGUUAACUGGGUUAUAAGUACAUAAAAAGAAGGAGGCUGACAAAGGAAAGUGCACAGGUAGGUCACCUACAUACUAAAGAGGCUGCAGUGUUGAGUAGCUAUUUGGCUUCAGCUGUCACUCAAAGAGUGAGUGACAAGAUACUUAACAUAAUCAUAGUUAAUGAAGAAAGGGAGAGACCACAGGACAGACUCAGGAUGGAACAGGCUGAAGGAUAUCUGGGUAACUUGCGCUAAUUCAAAUCAACAUGGGCCAGUGAAAUUCAUCCUUAAGAGCAUGAAGCUAGCAGAGAGCUGGCGAUUCUUUUGGGGAGAGCCUGGAGUGCAGGGGAGGUCCCACAAUAUUGGUCAAGUGUAAACAUAGCACAUAGGGGCCAAAAGGGGCUCCAGGAAUUACACACGAGAAAACUUAACUGCGUUGCCUGCAGCUGGCUAGAAGAAUCAACAGAGAUGUCGAUAGGCCUGUUUCCCUGCUACCCUGCACUUUGUGGCGUCAUUUACACCAGGGCAAGUGAUACCACAUCAGAAUGGCAGCUUUUUACACCACUUUGCCCUGGUGUAAAUGACUGCACACAGCGCGGUCAGGCUCAAAACCUGAGCGCCUCCAGGCAAUUACAUGAUAAAUAGUAAGGCAACGAAUAGCCAAGAUGAGUUAAUCAGAAAAAAGUAAUGCCAAAGUAUCUUAAUCUCUUUCUUUGACAGGAUAAUGCCCAAAGGAAAUGCAGGGACAGGGCCAUCCUUAGGAUUUAUGAGGUCCUACGCAGUAUUAUUAAACUGGUGCCCCUAUGCCUGACUUGGGGCACAGCCACCACCCCUGCCCGCGGACCCCCAGAACUGCACUCCCCCUCCCCUCCCCUCAUUGCUGACACACACCGAGCUUCAUACGCAGCAGAUGCUGCAGCAGCCCGGGCUCGCAGUCUGGGGGGGAGGGACGAGGCAGCAAAGGAUACCGAGCGGCCCGGCCUGCCUCAUGGCGGUGGAGAGUCACAGUUCCCUGCCCUGUACACUCUCUCUUACACAGAAUGUGCUGCGCCGGCGCAUUCGGCUCUGUGAAUAUGGCCUCUGCCUAAGGAGACUGCAGCGUGCGCUGGGUGUGUGGGAACCGACCCGCUCUUACCUGCUGUCCCGGUGAUGCCUCUAAUUUUUGGGUGCCCUAUGCAGCCACAUAUGCCUCAGGAUGGCCCUGAGGAGACCGGAGGUAUUUCAACUUGAAUAAGACAUUAGAUAGAGUUUCACAUGACAGUCUCCUAUGGAGACUAUAAUAAUAAUAAUUGGAGAUAUACCUAUCUCCUAGGACUGGAAGGGACCUUGAAAGGUCAUUGAGUCCAGCCCCCUGCCUUCACUAGCAGGACCAAGUACUGAUUUUGCCCCAGAUCCCUAGGUGGCCCCUUCAGGGAUUGAGCUUAUAACCCUGGGUUUAGCAAGCCAAUACUCAAACUACUGAGCUAUCCCUCCCCCAUGACUGAAUUCAAAUGGAACAACUAUAAACUGAAAUGCCAAAAACUACAUCGAUGUAUAUCAAGGCUGCACAGUUUUAACUUCAGCUUUUCCUGUGAUUUUAAGGGCCCAUCAGCCAUAUUACCUCAGCUUCGUGGCACGUAUAUUGGUACAUAGACUGUGUGACAUAAUAGCAGCCUAUUGAACUGAAGCACACACUGAACCAGAAAAAGAGGAGGAGCAAAUACUACACACUGUGGGACUGGUUCUCCAUUGCACUGCACUUUGUGGGUUUGUCUACACUACAGCUGGGAGCGAGGCUCACAGCCCAUGGGGAGAGACUUGGUGCUGGUGGGGCUGAAGCUAGUGCACUAAAAAUAGCAGUGUGGACAUUGCUGUGCUGGCAGAGGCUCAGGCUAGCCAGCCCAGCUUGGAUUCUGUUUCAUUCCUGUCCAAGCUGGGCUGGCUAGCCUAAGUCUCUGCCCGUGCAGCAACAUCCACACUGCUAUUUUUAAUGCUCUACCUUGAGUCCCACUAGCGUGAGGUCUGUCUGGGCAGUUGACUCCCAGCAACAAUGUAGACAUAACCUGUGUGGUCACUGACACCUGUGCUGAGUGGGCAUAAAACACUAACACUGAGGCAAGUGAGUGGAAAAUCCAUGCCUCUUGUGUGCAAUGCAGUAGCAUUUAGAUUGCUGUUGGGGCCUUAGCUUUUGCUCCUCUUGUGAACGUCACUGUGCAGCCUUAUUGUUGAAUUAGCACAGUUUUUUGUGUUUAGUUUCCUUUCCUUUAAAAAAGAAAGAAAGAAAGAGAUUGCUGGUGCAAGUAAUAUUUAAAUGGCCCCAAUUAAUUGUCAACAUUCACACUUCAUGGAGGUGAAUGGUUGAAAGAUGUGGAAAUUUGGUUGGAGACACUUUUUGGCAAGUCCGGGUGGAUAGCAGCCCAGCAUCGCAUCUGGUUCACUGCAAAAGUACAGCCAUCGCAAAGAAAACAGGGUUUUUUUUAAAAAGAAACUUUAGAAUGAGCAGAAGGCAGCAAAGUUGUGGAAUGGCCUGAAAAUUAUGAGAUGAAUUGUUUCCUGUGUUCAUUAUUUUCUCCUUCCCUUGUGUUAAUACUGAUGUGGCUUUUACUUGGAGGGUUGCUGUAUGAGUUUCAAUAAGACAAACGUUGCCUCAGACAAUGUUCCUCAUACAGAUUGCCCUAGCAACAGCCUGAGUGCAGCAGCUGUGGCCAGCCUGGAAGUCUGUGCAAAUGUGCAAUGUAAAGGCAGCAGAGCUUUAUAAGACUGCUAAAAUUUGAGCAGAUGCCCACUGAGCAUGCUCAGAAGUGAAUUUUUCCACUGCUUAUAACUGCUCUAUUGUUAUUUCCACUAGCACCUCUCCCCGCUCCCCAGCAAGCGGAGCACAAGUGCUCGCAGGAUUAUGCCUAGGCCAAUUUUGUUUUUUAAUUCCAAGUUUUAGGCUUCAGCAGUUUUUCUCGCAUCCUCGCUCAAAAGAGUGUGGUACAGUAUUAGAGGGGGAGUGUGUAUUUUAAUCUCUCUCCAGUAAUUCAUGUGGCAGAAGGAGAAGGUUGGUUUUGUAGCUCAGGCACUGGAGUGAGACUCAGGCUAUUGGAGUUCACUUCCAGGCUGUGACAGACUCCUUCUGUGUCCAGGGGCAAGUCACUUGAAGUUUCUGUGCUUCAUUUUGUAAAAUACUAGGGAUAAUAAUACUUACAACCUCUCUGAUACGUUGGGAGGAUAAAUUCAUUCAUGUUUGGGAGGUGCUCAGAUCUGAUGGUGAGGGGGCUGUGGAAACACUUGAUAAAUGAUAAUCUUUGCACAGAGGCCAAGGGUCAGAUUCUGAUCUGAGACUUGUUGGCAUAAGUGUGGGGUUGUAUUAACAAAAAUAUCACCUACGAGGAAAUGAUUCUCCUCUACUCACCAGUAGGCGGACCUUGGUGCAUCACUUUUACAUUCAGGCAGCUCCAGUUUAAGAAGUUAGAAGGUGAAAUGAAAAUCGUGAAAAUGAUCUCUCUUGUGUUUAAAUAAAAUUUUGAUUUUUUUAAUUAAAA